UAUCAUGAAAGACGACCCUCUUGUGAUGGCACGUCAAGAACAAGAGCGUCUGAGCAAGCUUGAAAUGUUGAAACGUCGUGGAAAGGGACCGCCUAAGAAGGGCCAGGGCAAGCAGGCUAAGAAACGCAACAAAUAGAGAAUGGGGUUUAGCAGAGGCGAUCUUGUUGAAGUUGGAAGCAAAGAAGAUGGAUUUCUGGGUUCUUAUUAUGAGGCAAUUGUUGUAUGUCAACCACUCAAGAAAGAUUACAUCGUGCAGUAUAAAACCCUAUUGAAAGAUGAUCAAUCUGGUCCCCUGACGGAGUUUGUUACCCACUCAGAACUCCGGCCAGUUCCGCCGGUGAUUCCGGUGAGUAGAUUUAAUUUGAAUGAUCAAGUUGAUGCGUUUGGUAAUGAUGGAUGGUGGGUUGGAAGAAUUACUGGUAAAAUUGGGAGUAAGUAUUUUGUGUAUUUUGAAUCUAGUGGAGAUGAAUGUGGGUAUUUUAUAAGUGAUUUGAGAGUUCAUCAAGAUUGGAUUGAUGGGAAAUGGGUUUGUUCAAAAGAGAUUGUAAAUUGUGAUUGAAUCAAUAGUGUUUC